AAACACGUGUUCGCAUUGUUUGAGCUUUAAUUUAAAAAAAACGAAACAGCCUUAACCUCUUCCUUCUCGACACUUUACCUUAUUGUACGCUGAAGAUCCUAAGAGCCCCUUCGACUCAUCUCUUCCGUUUCAACUGCUCGACAUAGCUCCCCCACAGUAAUGGCGUUUGGGCAGUUUGGUUUCUCAAGCGUCCUCCCUUGGUUGCUUAUAAAUGCCGUGGCAAAGCUAUUCAAUCAAUUUUCCGCUUCUGCCAUCUUGGUGCAUAAGCUGCGGCUUGGAAGAUUGUUUGCAACUUUAGCUCAACGUGUUUCGUUUGGAGACAUCACCAGAUCAUCUCAUCUCAUUCUUCUUUAGAGUUGCUUUUUGCUUCAUAUCAACAUGAUAUGAAUAACCAAGAAUGAGAGUAUUUGCUGACUUAAAUGUAAUAUUCAUAAUUGUGUUUAAAGCCUUGGCCCAUGGUGAUAGUAAAACAAUCUCUCAAAAACUAUAUAUCUAAAAUUUGCCAUCAUAGUACUCUGUCAUUAUACUAUUAUAUGGACUAUAGAGUAGGUGUAUGACAACUCUUAUAAAUUUCUCUUGAUGAGCAUAAUACAGGACAUGCCUAUGUUUAUUCGAUUAAAGUGGUUAGUAUGAAAUAUGAAGACAAUCAUGAUGAUUCUCAUUUUCUGAAAGAAGAAUCCAUCCAGUAACAAAGUUAUCCUGACCAAAAGAUUUUAUGUAUAUCCUAUCUUUUUUUUACUCCGGGGGGUCUGGGGCUGAUGGUUGAAGUAAUCAGGGCUGAAACUCACUCCAUUUAGUUUCAAACCCUUGUGUGCCUAGCGGGUUUCGAACGCGAGACCUCCCACUAGGCACGGUAACCUCACACGGGUUUCAAACUAUCUCUUUUUAUAUUAUCUUUUUUAUCAUAGCUUAUCUUUUUAUCUUUCUUAUCUUUCUUUUUCUAUUGAUUUCGAUAUCAUGUAGUGACUCAUGUUAGCCAACCCCAAAAUCUUUUGGGAUUAAGACUUGGAUGUUGUUGUUGUUAUAAAUCUAUGCUCCAGGCUGCCACAAUAACGUUCUUACGAGAGUUUGUCAAAUAACCAACAUCAUGAGUGAAAUGUUGUUUUUCAGUAGAAAAGAGGUUUCUUAAUUAGUCUACUAAUUGAGAAUUUAACUUGCUUUUAUAUGUAACACACCUCAGUAUGAUAAUAUAUGAAUCCAUUUUAGCAUUAUACCACAAUUACUUAUUUGUAUAAACUAUAAAACUCCUUUAAACCAGUAACUUUAAUGCUAAAGACUUUCUAUCCGCAGAUGAUUAUAUACAAAAAAUGAUAAUGUUACGAAAAAGUUUGUGCUCAACAGAAGAGGGACUGUAAAUAUUUUUUCUUACUUGAGAAUGCCACUUCCUUGAAGCUGAAUUUUGCUGUUUAUAUUAUUAAAAAUGGAGGCCCUAAGCACUACCAAAUUUGGUCAUUUGGUAUAUGAUACAAACGAGUUAGGUUUAUAUAUCAUAUAUAAUUUGUUUUAUCUCAUUUCUAUGAAGUGUAAAUUUGCAAUCAUGUUACUUAAAUAGGGAUUCGUAGUUUACAAAUCCUUGUUGCUUAUUUUUAAAAAAAAAUCCGUCUACCCAAAAAAUAGAAGGAACUUGCCACAUACCACCUUCCUCUAAUUCAUUCUCUUGGCUUAUGAUAUAAAAGUUUAAAUAUAUAACACUUUUGCAUUUAAAUAGUUAUAGUGCAUGCACAAAAUGAAUACCACACCUUCUAACACUCCUGAGAGUAGCCGACUUCAGAAGAAUCAAAGACGUAGGGAGAGAUAUGCUUCAAACGAAAGCCGUCGAGCAGAGAUGAACUUGAAGAGGAGAAAUGCGUAUGCAUCAAUGGACCCUGAGAAGAAAAGAAAGAUGUUAGACGAUCUAAAUCAACGUCGUAGAAACAAAUUUAAUGCAUCUAUCCCGUUACGAACGGAAGACGCUCGUUCGGGUAUGAUUUGACAUGAUUUAAUUUGUCCAUUUCGUUUGAAUUGUGUCGUGCAAACGCACAACUAACUUGAUCUUUUCCUACUAUUUUUGGAUCCAUCAAUGUCAUGCUACUUCAAAUUCACAAACACGUUCAAACAAUCGUAUGAUGACAUACCCUUGGUAUGCAACCAAUGUCAUAUGGUUCUUCGCUUCAAGAUUCUAUCGAGACGGAAGCACCAAAUAAUGUUCCUCCAUUCCAUACAAUUCAUGAAGAAAUAUCACCACAUACUCCACAAUCCGGAGAAUGCUCCACACAAAAUAUUGUUCACAUGCGGCUUCCAGAACAAAGUUUUAUUCUUAAAGAUUGUCUGCCAUGUCAAUACUGCGAAGCUAUUCGAUUUCAAUAUGAGCCCCCUGGUUUUUGCUGCUCUACUGGACAAGUAGUGUUGGUGUCGAAUGAAAUGCCGGCCCUUCUCAAACGGUACUUUUGUGAAAAAGAUGAAGCGGCUCGCCACUUUCAAACAUGUGUUCGAACAUAUAACAACACAUUUGCAUUUACUUCCUUAGGCAUCCACAACUAUGAUAGGGAAUUAUCAAAGCGGAACAAGGGGAUUUAUACGUUCAAGGUGCAAGGUCAGAUGUACCAUUUUAUCAAUGAUUUGAUACCGACCGACAAACCCCCCAAAAAUCUCCAACUUUAUUUCUUCGAUACUGAGCAUGAAAUCGAAAACAGAAUCAACGGAGCUGGGCGCAUGGAUGCAUGUGUUGUAAAGGACAUUAUUAGUGUCCUAGAAAGCAAUCCGUACUCACAAUUUUUUAGAACUCUUCAAGAUGUAUCAAGUCUUGAAGAUUAUAAUAUUGUGAUACGGUCAAAUACACAUGUUGACCAACGCGUGUUCAAUAAACCAACUGCCUCUCAAGUAGCUGCAAUUUGGAUAGACGAAGGAGAUUGUGGCUCACAAAACAGCCGUGACAUAAGAGUGUACGCAAAAAGUGGUAGAUCACACUCUGUACAAUAUUAUUAUGGCUGUUAUGAUCCAUUACAAUACCCUUUGUUGUUCCCAAAAGGUGAAAGUGGUUGGCAUGAAGGAAUACAAAAAUUCCCUAAAAAACACACCUAAUCUCUCGCACAUGUCCACAAUCUCUACACCUUAAUCAAUUUUCCUCCAUUGACGCUUUGUUUGAAAGUGAGAAUUUCAAUUCUGCUCCAACAAAUAAAAGAAACACCGUCUCCUGUAGAGAAUACUACGCUUACCAUUUUCAAAUUCGACCAAACAAUGACUCUGCAAUUCUCCAUUCUGGUAGACUUUUUCAGCAAUUCAUUGUGGACAUGUAUAUUAAGAUUGAGACACAAAGGUUGGACUAUUUCCGAAUACAACAACGUGAUAUUCGAACCGAAAGCAUGCAAGGGUUAAUGGAUAGUAUCGCCAUGGGAGAAACAAAUGCUUCAAAUGUUGGGCAGAGGGUAAUUCUACCACCUUCUUUUAUUGGGGGACCCAGAGACAUGCGUAGGAGGUACAUGGAUGCAAUGGCUUUGGUCCAACAUUACGGGAAGCCAGACAUUUUCCUAACAAUGACAUGUAAUCCGAAUUGGCCUGAAAUUAAAAACCUUUUGCAGCACAAUGAUGAGGCUCAAAAUAGACCAGAUUUGAUUGCAAGGGUGUUUCGAGCAAAGAUAGAAGAACUAAAGGUUGACCUCAUAAAGAAAAAGUUGUUAAGUGCAGUAAUUGCAUAUACCUAUGUGAUUGAAUUUCAAAAAAGAGGCCUCCCACAUGCUCAUUUCUUAUUGAUACUAGGGAGAAACCAUAAGUACCGUACAAGUGUUGAAAUUGAUACACUUAUCAAUGCUGAAAUACCAGAUCCAGUGGAAACACCAGCAUUGCACUCCUUAGUGGCAAAACAUAUGAUGCAUGGUCCUUGUGGUUCCAUUAACCCUGACAAUCCUUGCAUGACCAAGAAAAUGGGUGUCUCAGUUUUCAAGAAUAAAUAUCCUAGAGAUUAUUCUGAGACAACAAUAUUGGGUGAUAACUCAUAUCCCAUUUAUAAGCGUCGGCGAAACUCAAGAUGUCUUACAGUACGGGGAAAACGUUUGGAUAAUAGAUGGGUCGUCCCUUAUAACCCUUAUCUAUUGUCAAAGUAUGACUGUCAUAUUAAUGUUGAGAUAUGUGCCGGUAUCAAAUGUGUCAAGUACAUUUACAAAUACAUUUACAAAGGCCAUGAUCGAGUUGCAAUCAAUUUAUGUCCUGGGGAAGAGAAUGAUGCAAUUAAUGAAAUUGAAGACUUCCAAAAAGCUCGGUGGGUGUCCCCUCCUGAAGCUGCCAGGAGAAUAUAUGCUUUCUCCCUUUCAGAAAUCAAACAAUCUGUUGUACAUUUGCCUAUUCAUUUGGAGAACUACCAAUAUAUGAGGUUUGAUAACAAGAAAAAGUUCUCUGACCUUGUGGAAAGUGAAUUGAGCCAAAGAACAAUGUUGACUCAGUUCUUUUCAAUGAACACAACAGAUGAAACAGCUAAGAGGCUAAAUUUGUUGUAUGUCCAUUUUCCAGAGUAUUUUUUUUGGGUCGAGAAAGACAAGAAAUGGGCUCCACGUAAGAAAAGGGAAGUGAUUGGGAGGCUUGUGAGUGUGAAUCCCGCGGAAGGUGAUAGGUACUAUUUGCGGUUGUUAUUGAUGAAUGUAAAAGCACCAAAGUCAUACGAACACCUUAAAACGGUGGGUUCAGAUGUCGCUGCAACUUUUAGAGAAGCUGCACAAAAGUUGGGGUUAUUACAAAGCGAUCAAGUCAUACAACAAUGUCUGGAAGAAGCAAUGUGUUGGCAAAUGUCUUUCAGCUUUCGUAAACUAUUUGCAACACUACUUGCAUUUUGUGAUAUUGCUCAGCCACGUGAAUUAUGGCUGCAAUAUAAAGAACACCUAUGUGAGGAUCUACUCCGGUUUUCAACAAAUAGCCUCGACGCAGAAUACACUUGCCUCCUCCAAAUGAACGAUGCACUUGUAACCAUUGGAAGGAAUAUCAAUGAUUUUUCAUUGGUCCCUUUUCAUAUUGGUAUUACGAAAGAGCAAAGAAUUCAAAAGGAGAUAGAAGCAGAACGGAGUUUGCUGCCUAAUGAAGUUGACUUAUUAGCUAUUCAAUCGUUGAAUACACCUCAACAAGCAGCAUUCGACACAAUCAUAAGUCGUGUUCACUCUGGUAAUGGGGGAGUAUUCUUCGUAGAUGGGCCGGGCGGUACCAGAAAAACUUUUUUGUAUCGAUGUCUCUUGGCAAAAGUACGAUCAAAACGUGAAAUUGCACUUGCAACAGCAACCUCUGGUGUUGCAGCUUCACUCUUGCCCGGUGGCCGAAUAGCCCAUUCUAGGUUCAAAAUACCGAUAAACACAGAUGAUAGGUUUGUGUUCAAUAUCGGAAAGCAAAGUGCUGAAGCAACAUUAAUAAGAGACUGCAAGUUGAUUUUGUGGGAUGAAGCAACAAUGGCCAAUCGGAAAACGAUCGAAAAUGUUGACACCACACUGCGAGACAUCACAAAUUGUGAUAACAUAUUUGGCAAUAAAGUAGUAGUGUUUGGAGGUGAUUUUCGACAAACCUUGCCCGUAAUUAGGGCUGGGAGCAGAAGAGAUUUAAUUGCAGCUAGCUUAGUCAGAUCAGAAACUAUUUGGCCAUCAGUUGAAAGAUUAGUGUUGACCCAAUAUAUGCGAGCUAAAGAAGAUCCAUCUUUUUCAGAAUACUUGAUGCGAGUGGGUAAUGGAACCGAAAAAACUAUUGUCGGAGAUUGUAUUGAAAUUCCAGAAUCAUUUCUUAUUCCAUACACAACAGAAACUGAAUCUUUGAACAGGUUGCUUAAUAUCGUGUUCCCAAACCUAAACGAAUUCAUCAAUGACCCAUACCCGAUGAUGAAACGAGCAAUACUGACGACCAAAAAUGAAUUCGUCGAUGACCUAAAUAACACCUUGAUCUCCACCAUGCCCGGUGAAGAGAAAUGCUACAUUAGUUAUGAUGAGUUGCUCGAUCGAUCUUCACAUCAUGAGUAUGCAGACUUCCUACACACAAUCACAUUAUCUAGAUUACCUCCCCACAAAUUGGUAUUGAAAAAAAAAUGCCCAUUAAUUCUACUGCGGAACCUAAACCCAGCCGAAGGAUUGUGUAACGGGACCCGCUUAAUAUGUGAUGACUUUCGAGAUCAUGUUAUUAGUUGUUUCAUAGCAUCGGGAGAACACAAGGGCAAACAUGUUUUCAUACCAAAAAUACCCCUUGAGCCUUCAAAGGAUGACAAUUGUCCGUUUCCAUUCAAGCGACAUCAAUUCCCCAUCAAGGUCUGCUUUGCUAUGACAAUAAAUAAGGCACAAGGGCAAACAUUAGAUUUUGUUGGGUUGUACCUAAAAGAACCAGUCUUCUCGCACGGUCAACUAUAUGUCGCAAUGUCAAGGGUAAAAAAAGCAGAUUGUUUAAAAGUGUUAAUUUGCAAUAGCUCUUUAGACACACACCAUACAAAUAUCACUCAAAAUAUUGUGUAUCAAGAGAUAUUGAAUGAAGCAUGCAAAGCUCCUACAACCAAAUAGGUUAGUCCUACACAUUAUGUGAUUUUACUACAAUUGUGUUGCCAUUAAAUAAUUCUCACAAUGUAUACAUGUUGUUAUGGCAAAAGCACUUGACUUAGUGGACAUCACCCCACGAAUGAGAGGAUGGAGUUGUGAAGUACGUAUUGUGAAAAAAUUCGAUGAAAAGUUGUCAAGCAACACACCUGGAAAACGUUUCAUGCAAAUCCUGCUCGAAGACAAACAGGGAAUCCGAGUUCAAGCGGUGGUUUUUGACAACGACAUCCCAAGAUACAACUCCACACUCCAUCUUGACUCCUGCUACACCAUUUCCAAUGCGAGUGUCAAACCUCAACGCCCUAAUUACAGUGUUCCAGAUGAGAGGUACAAGUACACAUGGAUAUUAAGUGGUCGUACAGUCGUCCAACCGCUACGUGAUUCAUCUGCUUUCAUCGAUGCAAAUAACAAAGUAUACAACGCUUUCUAUGAUGUUUACCGCUGCAUGAAAUAUGGAAUUGAAAUCUCACUUAUGGGCGUUGUGAUAGACAAACUCCCAAAGGAAGUCAUUCCCACCAGUAAGGGUGAUAAACAUAUCAAGGAGAUUGUGUUGGUCGAUGAAAAGCUGAAACCAAUAGCACUGACUCUUUGGGGAGAUUUUGCUGAUACUGAGGGAAGCGAAAUUGUCAACUUCCUGAAUGAGAACGAAUACCCCAUCAUAUCUAUUGAAAAUAUAGGUGUCACACCCUUCAAAGGUAUUUCAUUGUCCACAAAACCCCAUUCUACAGUAACAAUCAAUCCUAUAUCUUCAAGAGCUCAACAAUUGCAAAAGUGGGCAGUUGAAAAUCGUCCUACUCUUGAUGCACUAAAGAUAUGUCGUGAAUACAAUAACGUUGCAAUUAACCUUGCAAUUCCAGUCGUUGCUGAAAUUUCUAAAAUAUCUGAAGUACCUCCAUCAAUUGAUCUGACGAAACCCGUUUGGAUUCACGGCAAAAUCAAUCUGCAACUUGAAGGUGAUAGUCUUUGGUACAUGGUUUGUAGCAACUGUUUGAAAACAAUUUAUGCAGAUUCUGAUACAAGGUUUUUUCGCAUGCAUUGUGGUACGGAGGAUGCAAUUGCUACUCCAAGAUCCAGAGCGAAUGUCUCAAUCACCGAUACUACUUCAACAAUUGAAGCCUCGGUUUUUGGGCAAUGCGUGGAAAAACUUCUGCUCAUGACUAGCAAACAAAUUAUGGAAGUAGAGCUACAGGGUAAGAAGGCAUCAUUUCAAUAUGCAAACAAGCGCUUGGAUAAGGAAGAGUAUAUUGUACAACUGAGGUCACAAGCAAGUACUUAUCAAACCAACCAAGGACCGUCCUACACCAUAACAUCUUUGCAUGAUGCAUCUCAUUACAUUGUCACAACCAACAUUGAUCCAUCAACCCCUCCUUCAUCAAAGAUGAAGCUCCCACACUCAGGAGUAGAAGAUUCGCCUAUUGAUUUGAAGCGGUAGAGAAAAGCUUGAUUACUUAUCACCAUUACCCACUACUUCUAUUACUCCAACUAUUUUCCUAGAACUAUUAUUUUAAUUUUCUUUCAAACGCUACAGCCCAAUACAUAUUUGACUACUUCUUUGAUUAAAACAUUUUUGUGUUUAUUAUGUUUGUUUUAAUAUAAAACGCAAAUACAUACUACUGUUUCAUGUAAAUCUCACUACUAUUCUGUUUAUUAUAAUCGUGUUGUCUAUUUUAUUUUCCCAC